AUGGACCCUCUAAUCCAAUUUCUGUUAUCUCUAUUCUGUAGCCUACUUGCCCUGUCAAUUUGUAUCUACCAGUUGUAUCAAUCGAAGAAACCAAUCACUCAUAAGACAACGAGAUGCGGUGUGCCUGAAGCUGGUGGUGCUUGGCCUAUUAUUGGCCACAUGCACCUCUUUGGUGGCCGGAAACUGAUUUACAGAACACUGAGUGACAUGGCUGACAAUUAUGGAUCAGUCUUCACUAUAAGGUUAGGUUCACACAAAGCUUUGGUUGUGAGUAAGUGGGAAAUCGCCAAAGAGAUUUUUACUGUUCAUGAUUUGGCUUUCUCCAGCAGGCCAAACAUGGCUGCCUCAAAGCUUCUAUGUUAUGACUAUGCUAUGUUUGGCUUUGCUCCUUACGGGCCUUACUGGCGAGAGAUGCGCAAGAUAAUUACCGUUGAACUUCUGUCAAACUACAAGCUAGAUAUGUUCAAGCACAUAAGAGCUUCAGAGGUGCAGACUUCAAUAAAAGAAUUGUACAAGACUUAUUUAAGCAGAAGUAGUACAGAAAGUGGAGUUCUUGUCGAAAUGAAGCAGUGGUUUAAAGAUUUGNUUUUUAAAUUAUUGAAGUUUCUAUUAUAUGAUCACAUAGCAUGA